AGUUUAACGUUUCAUUCUCUUUAGUUCUACAACCUUCGAUUCAAGUUAUAAUACAUUUAUUUUAUACAUGAUUUAUUCUCACAGUCGAUGCAACUUCAGCUAUAUUAAGAACCUUCUAGAGUUGUUUACAAACUUGUAGAAUUAUAUUUAAACAGGUCUUCUUCUUCUGUUACAGUUUUUUUUGCAGAUGAAAUAUUUUUAGUUAACACUUUUUUUUUUUGAAUUCCGACACGUCAAUACAACAAAAGAGAAGUUGAAAAUUCUGAACUAUUUAAAAAUUGCCGUAAUAAAUCAAAAGUCAGAAACACAGAUAGAUCAACACAACAACCAAUCAAUAGAAUGGCUUCGUCUUCUCAGUAUACAUAUGAUGAAGAAGGUGAGGUAUGGCCUUUCUUCGUGUUAGCCCUUCUCAGUUUCAUCUUGGUUCCAUUGACGGUUCUGUGGUUCUAUAACGCUUUUAUUGCCGUUGAUACAAUUUCUUCCAAUUCAAAGAUUAAAGGAGCAAUCCUUGAAACUGCUGAUUCAAUCGAUGUCGCUAACGCUAAUGAAAUCAAGAAAUACAGAAGUAAACAAAAGUCAUCCAAAAUCUUUAAUAAAACUUUGAUUGUGUUGAUUAUUGGUUGGGGUAUUGUAUUUUACAUUAAUAAAUACUUGACUAAAUAUGCUGACAUCAAGACUAUCUUUGAUCCAUAUCUUAUUUUAGAUAUCUCUUCUUCUGCUACAGAUAGAGAAAUCAAAAGUAAAUAUAGAAAAUUAUCUUUGAAAUUCCAUCCUGAUAAACUUCCAAAGGAUAUCACUGAAGCAGAAAAACUUGAUAUGGAAACUACCUUUAUUAGAAUCAAUUCUGCUUAUAAAGCUUUAACUGAUGAAGUUACUAGAAGCAAUUUCUUGAAAUAUGGUCAUCCAGAUGGUCCUCAAGAUGUUAGUCAUGGUAUUGCUCUUCCAAAAUUCCUUGUUGAAGGUAAAUAUUCUCCACUUAUGAUUGUGGUUUAUUUCUUAUUGAUUGGGGUUUUAUUACCUUCAAUUGUUGGAAUCUGGUGGAAUAAUGUUAAAUCUCACACCAAGAAAGGAUUACACGUUGAUACUGCUGCUUUAUUCACUAGAAGAUUAACUGAUAGAAAUCCAGCCAAAAUUGUUACUCCAUUAAGUGUUUUAGAUUGGGUUCUUGAUAGUGUUGAAAUUAAACAAGCUUUCAAGCAUUUAACUAAAGAUCAACUUAAAGUAUUAGUUGAACAACAUCUUAAUCGUGAAUUUACUUCAGACGCCCAAUCAGAAUCAGAUAAAGUUAAACUUGUUUCUAUGUUACCUAACUUAAUUAGUGGAUUCCUUGAUAUUGCUGUGAUAUUUAGAAAUCUUGAAGUUAUUCUUCCUGCCACUGAUUUAAGAAAAUCAAUCUUACAAGCAGUUAAACCAAAUGGAAAAUAUCAAGAAAUUUUACAAUUACCAUAUGUUGACCCAAAAGUUGUUCAAGCCCAAAAUGUUAAGAAGUUAGGAAAGUUAUUCACAUUAUCAAAGGAAGAAGUAUCAAAAGCAUUAGGAAUAACUGAUCUUAAAAAGGUUGAAAAGGCAUUGGAAAUUGCUGCUCACAUACCGUCACUUAGAAUUAUAGAUUCUACUUUUGUGGUUCCAGGAGAAGAUGUUGUUCCUCCACAAUCAUCAGCUCAUUUAUCAUUAAAAUUCUUAGUUAAAUCACCUAGAUUAAAGUCAUGUCCAAGUAUUGAUGAUGACAGAUUAAAGGAGGAAGAAACUAUGGAUUAUUUAAGAAAUCCAUUAAAAUCAAAUGAAACUCAACCACAAUUACCAUUUUCAUAUGCACCAUAUUUUUCAUAUUAUGUUCGUAAUAACUGGACUGGUUAUUUAAUUUCACAAAAGGAUAAUAAAUUAGUGGAAGGAAGUUUGGGAUAUGAAUUAGAAAAUAUUGAUUUAAGUAAUUUAGAAAUCACUCAAGAAGAAUGGAUAGAUGGUAAAGAUGUCAUUAUUGGUAGUUUUAAAAUUCCAUUAACAACUCCAACUCCACCAAAUAUAGGUACUGUUCCAUACAGAAUUAUAUUAAAGAAUAAUGCAUACUUUGGAUCUGAUGUUGAUAUUCCAGUUGAUUUAGAAGUUGAAAAUCCAAUUAGAAAACAACCGUUAAACCUUGGUCGUAAAGAACAAGUGGAUAGUGAUGACGAAAGUGAUAUUUCUGAUCCAGAAGAAGAUUCAAUAGCUGGUGCUCUUGCUGCUUUAAGAGGUCAAUCAGUUAAGAAGUCACAAAUUACUGAAUUAAACGACGACGACGAAGAAGAUGAAAGUGAUAAUGAAAGUGUAUUUACUGAUAUCGAUACUGAUACUGAAGAUGAAAAGGAAUAGAUCUAGUCUAUCGAUUUCGCAUCCAUUCUAUUAUAUUCUAUAUAUAAAUU